UGCUAUUACCGGGUUGGGCGGGCCGGGUCGGGGAGGGGUUUGUGGGUGAGCCCUGGGUCCCCCGCCCGCUGAGGAGAUGGAUGAGGAUGGGCUUCCUCUCAUGGGGUCAGGCAUAGACCUGACUAAGGUGCCAGCUAUUCAACAGAAAAGAACGGUGGCAUUUCUAAACCAGUUUGUGGUGCAUACUGUACAGUUCCUCAACCGAUUUUCUACAGUUUGUGAGGAGAAACUGGCAGACCUUUCUCUUCGUAUCCAGCAAAUUGAAACAACUCUCAAUAUUUUAGAUGCAAAGUUGUCAUCUAUCCCAGGGCUAGAUGAUGUCACAUUUGAAGUAUCUCCUGUAAGUGUCACUAGGAUCACAAAUGAAACACAUUCUGAAACCACUUCAGAGCAAUCACAGGUGAACAGUUUACAAGACUCUGGACCACAGGAAAGUGAAGUAACACCAGAAAAUAUCUUAACUGUAGCCAAGGAUCCAAGAUAUGCCAGAUAUCUCAAAAUGGUUCAAGUGGGUGUUCCAGUCAUGGCAAUAAGAAACAAAAUGAUAUCAGAAGGACUAGACCCAGAUCUUCUUGAUAAAGAACAGACUUCUGGGGCUUCCCUGGUGGAGCAGUGGUUAAGAUUCCUCCUGCCAAUGCAGGGGACACGGGUUCGAGCCCUGGUCCAGGAAGAUCCCACAUGCCGCGGAGCCACCAAGCCCAUGCACCACAACUACUAAGGCUGCACUCUAGAGCCCGCGAGCCACAACUACUGACCCCGUGUGCCACAACUACUGAAGCCUGUGCACCUAGAGCCCGUGCUCUGCAGCAAGAGAAGCCACCACAAUGAGAAUCCCACGCACUGCAACAGAGUAGCCCCCGCUCACCGCAACUAGAGAAAGCCUGCACGCAACAACAAAGACCCAACACAGCCAAAAAUAAAUAAAUUAAAUAAAUAUAAAAAACAAAAAAAUAGAAAUAAAGAACAAACUUCUGAAAUUGAAAUUUAACUGGUCACACUCUUAAUAGUAGGAGGGUGCAGUUUGUAGCAUACUGAUAUGGCUAAAGAAAGCAAGUUACUUUGCAGGCUUUAAACAGAACCAGCUCAGCUGGCAUUUGUCCUGGACUUAUCUAUUCAAAGUACAUUUAUACCUUCCUCCCAGCCUGUGGAAUGACCAUGACUAUGGUUGCCAGAAAUAGAAGUAACCACCUCAGCCUACUUGUCACUGAGACGAGAGGAGAUUCAUUAGUGUUAACCAAACAGAUACUGGAAAGCAAGAAAACUUUAUUUAAUUAUAUUUAAGGCAUAUCCAGCAGAUUUUCCUGCCCUCUAAUGGAAUACCUUAUCUGCCAAUGAUCUUCGUCUGUCUCCUGCUACAGAACAAUAUAAUGGAUUAAAGGUUGGGUUUUGGCUGGUUACGGAUAGAAUUGAUCUCAAUUCCCCGACUGAACAAUUCCAGAAAUAGGGUUUUUUUGUUUUUUUUGUCUUUAAUAUUUAUUUUAUUUAUUUAUUUGGCUGUACCGGGUCUUAGUUGUGGCAUGGGGUAUCUUCUUUGCAGCGUGCAGGAUCUUUAGCUGUGGCAUGGAGGAUCUUUAUUUGCAGCAUGCGGGAUGUUUUAGUUGCAACAUACGGGAUCUAGUUCCCUGACCUGGGAUUCAACCUGGGCCCCCUGCAUUGAGAGCGUGGAGUCUUAACCACUGGACCACCAGGGAAGUCCCCCAAAAUAGGUUUUUUUACUCGUUCCAUUUUUUUAGUUUUUGCUGAGCUGGGAUUCCAUUCAGGGUAAUUACCUUGACCACUGGCUGGCAGACUGACUAGAAAGUAUAGGACAGAAAAAAAACAAUGUCAGAAAAUUGUGAUUAGUCCACUGUUAGAGACCUUGAUCACAAGAGUAAGAAAUAAUAAAAAUAUCAAAGAGGUGGUGUUAAAAAGCAGUUAUGGGUCUUCCCUGGUGGCUCAGUGGUUAAGAACCUGCCUGCCAAUGCAGGGGACACGGGUUCGAGCCCUGGUCUGGGAAGAUCCCACAUGCCACGGAGCAACUAAGCCCAUGCACCACAACUACUGAGCCUGUGCUCUAGAGCCCAUGAGCCACAACUACUGAGCCCGCGUGCCACAACUACUGAAGCCCACACGCCUAGAGCCCGUGCUCCGCAACGAGAAGCCAUCGCAAUGAGAAGCCCGUGCACCACAACGAAGAGUAGCCCCUGCUUGCUGUAACUAGAGAAAAAGCCUGUGCGCAGCAACAAAAGACCCAACGCAGACAAAACUAAAAUAAAUAAAUAUAUUUAAAAAAAGCAGUUGUGAUCUUCCAGUGUCUAGCAAGCAAGAGAUAGAGAGUUGUUGGAAGUAAAGAACCCCAAGGUAAACAGCAGAAACCCAUCUUACCUAGGAUGGCUGGCUUUCUUUUUCUUUAUGCUAUUAGACAUUACAUUGUUUCUCUGGCUCUGGGAAUCUGCCACAGAUUCCCACAAAGGGCGGGACAUACCUGUCUUGAUGGGCAUUCAGAAAUGGAAAGACCAAAGUAUGUGUAGUUUGAGUAAAUAUAAUGCUGAAGUAAGUCUUACUGGUUACUAUGUAACAUCAAAGUCAAAAUUGUCUUUUUUUUUUUUUUAACUACCCCAAAUGUCUUUAUGUAGUCACUGCAAUCUCAGUUCAGGAAUUCAGUGUUUUGCUAUUUCCUUAAGACCACUUAUUGCCAUUGCAUAAAGCUCUGAGAACAACACUAAUUGACAAGUAUAAUGUGACGUUAAAACUUUGUAUGUGCUCUAGUUAAUAUUGAAAAGUGAUUUGAAUGAUAACUAUUGCACCCUCUCCCCACAAUCCUCCUACUCAGCAGUAGUUUUACUAACAAUGUUUUUGCCACUUAAUCUGCUUUACAUUCAACUGUUUUAAAUUUAAAGAAAAUUAAAAAUAUCUUUAAACUAUUUACCUACAUAAAUAAAUGUUUUUCCAAAGAAUGUUUAUGUUGUUUGGUGUCCUUAAAGUGGCUGUGGUUUUAAACACGAAUAUAAAUAUCUCUUUAAUGAAAACAAAUCAAACCAAUGAUAUUUGUAUUUUAAGACUCAGUUUAUGUACAGGAUCAGAAAAACUAACUCAAACUAGCUUAAGCAAAAAGGAAAGUUAUUGACUCACAAACCUAAGAAGUCUAAGUAGGACAGAAUCAGGGGCGCAGCGCCAUCAGUACUGGCUGGCUGGUGUUCUCUCUCACCUGGCACCUCUGUCCACCUUUACUCCUUGGCAUAAUCAUCCACUUCUCUCCUACUGCUGAUGAGCUUCCUUUCCUCCUGGAAAACAAGGAACUAGCAAAUAAUAUUUGCUUUAUAUUGUAAAUAGCUAUAAUAUUGCUAGUUUUUGCCAACUGAAAGGAAAGAGAGCCCCUUUUUCAUAAUCCAAGGCUCAUUUCUGGGGAAGCAUUCUGAUUGUCGUGCUUGGGUUAUGAGCACUCCCUUGAAUUGAUCUCUUUCCAGGUAAAGAGAUUCUUCUGACCUGCCAGGCCUGGAUUAUGUGACUGUAACAAAGAAAGAGUAUAAGGAAGGGAUGAGGGCAAUAGGGAUUGUGGUUGAUAGUCUUAUUUAUUCCCAUAAAUGGGAGAAAGGUGACAAAUAAAAUGCACACAGCAUCCGGUAUGCUAAAAAGUACUGAUUUGUGUAUGGUUAGUACGUCCUUCUUUCCUUUCCUUUCUAAAUUUUGGCUCAUUUUUAGUUCAGGUCAACCUAGUAACUUCUUUGAAAAUACUUCUUUUUAAACAAAUUAAACUUAGUAAAGAGUUUAAAGUUAAACUUUAAAAAAUUUUGCUUUUACUAAGACAAUUAUUGAUAAUCUGGAUGCCACAAAUUAUAUAAAUAUGCUUAUUAAAAUGUAGCUACCAAGCUAGUGUUUUCUAUUGUAACUACUAAAGGUUGAGAUUUUAGAAAAAUAUACAUGAUAAAUCAUGAAUAUACUUAUGACUUUAUAUAUUUUUCUGCAUUUUGCUGAUGUACUCUUUUUUAGUGAUUCACUUAUAUGUUUAAACUAUUGAGAGGAUUAUGCAGUCUUCAUUUUCAGAUUUUAGUAAUGAAGUGUAGCCAGUAGUUUAAAGUAGCAACCUUUUUAAACAUAUCUUUAAAACUUCUUUCUAUGAAGAAAUUUACAACAAACAUUUCAUAUAUAUAUCUAUAUAUAUAUAUAUAUGGUCAAGCAAGAGCAAUUCUGAUCAUAACAUAAAAAGCCAAAUUUCUGUUCCCCCUAAGAAUAUGAAUAUCCAGUCUGGAAAUAAUGAUGUGGGUUCUAUUAUUAUAUUAACAUUUGUAAAGCUUUUUUUUUUUUUUUAAUGUAUUUAUUUAUGGCCGUGUUGGGUCUUCAUUUCUGUGCAAGGGCUUUCUCUAGUUGUGGCAAGCGGGGGUCACUCUUCAUCGCGGUGCGCAGGCCUCUCAC